CGUUAUUGAAGGAAGGGGGGGUGUGUAAACAGUGGCACCUUUCUCCAUUUUCCAGGAAGGAAAAUAAGCCUGCAAUCGGAGUCUGCAGAGGACAAAAGAGAUGGAUGGAAGGCUGAGUGGACCUCGAUCCCUUUUACCGCUUCUUACCACUCUGCACCACGGAGGAUCCCCGAUGCUAAAGUAGGCAGGACCAAAUGUGUCACCUUGAAGUCCUUGUAGGAACCGCAAGACUAUGGAAUGACCUCACUUGAGAGCUACUCCCGACUUUCAAAGCACGUGGGGGCAACAGCAGUGCAAGUCCCAGAAGUGGCCUGGUUUACGGCGCCUUGUCUCCCUCUCAGGGAGCACCAUGGCCUCACAGGUUGGAUCAUCUCUUCUUUGGGGUGAAGUGAGAAAAGCAGCCAGGCAGCCAACUGAGGGUCUGUUGACUUUGCAGGCUCUCUUGACCUUUGAGGAGGUGGCUGUGUACUUCACAGAGGAGGAGUGGGACCUGCUGGAACCAGGCCAGAAAACUCUGCACAGAGAAGCCAUGGAUGAGAUUUAUGAGAUGGUGGCCUCUCUCGAAUCGGACCUCAUUUCCUUUUGGGAAGAAGAUCUGCUUUUCCAGGAUCCCAAAGAAGAGGAGACAUCAGCAGUAAUUCCCACGCCAAAGUUGAUUUCUUGUCUGGAAGGAGAAGAUCCAAUUGGACAGGGCUCUGAGGAAGGAGCGAGAUCAGCAGAUGAUGGACAGAACAGUAGGAAUUGUGAGGAGCAACCUGUGGUGUCAUCGGAAACAACUAUGGUUGAAGUAGGAAAAGAUAUGUUUGGAAAUCAAAGUGAAUCUAAAAAGGAUAAAGGAAAACAGUCAAAGAAUGGAAAGAAGAAAUCCUCUGUAUCUCAGGGUGCUGAUGUCUGUGAACCCUUGAACCUACAGAUAGAUCACAAAAGAAACAGCAUGGAGGGUGGAAAGAGCUUUAGUGUGAACAGUAGUCUUACUUUACAUGUAAGAACCCACACAGGAGAGAAGCAAUUUAAAUGCAUGGAGUGUGGAAAGAGCUUCAGUAGGCCUGGCCACCUUACUGUACAUCAAAGGACUCACACAGGGGAUAAACCUUUUAAAUGCAUGGAAUGUGAAAAGAGCUUCAGAGAUAGCAAUAGUCUUAAUUUACAUUACAGAACGCACACAGGGGAGAAGCCAUAUCAAUGCAUGCAGUGUGGAAAGAGCUUCAGGAUGCAUGGCUCCCUUAGUGGACAUGAAAGAAUCCACACAGGGGAGAAACCAUUUAAGUGCAUGACGUGUGGAAAGAGUUUUAGGCAGAGGACUACCCUUACUGCACACAGAAGAACACACACAGGGGAGAAACCAUAUAAAUGCAUGGAAUGUGGAAAGACCUUUAGUCAGAGCGGUAACCUUAUUUUACAUCAAAGAAUGCACACGGGGGAGAAACCAUAUAAGUGCAUGGAGUGUGGAAAGAGCUUUAGUCAGAGCUGUCACCUUACUUCACAUCAAAGAACACACACAAGUGAGAAACCAUAUAAAUGCAUUGCAUGUGGGAAGAGCUUUAGUCGCAGUAGUCAUCUUACUGCACAUGAAAUAAUCCACACGGGAGAAAAAUGCAUGGAGGGUGGAAAGAGCUUUAUUUAUUAUUGAGGGUACUGCUGUGACCGAAUAAUUUUUUUGAUGUUGUUGUACACUGCCCUGAUGCUUUACAAGAGGGUGGUGUAUAAAUAUUUUAUUAUUAAAUCAAUAAACAUAAAAGAACACACACUGGGGAGAAACCAUUUCAGUGCAUGGAGUGUGGAAAGACCUUUGGAGUGAAAGAGUGUCCAGUUUUGCCCUGCAGUCAUGGAUGAAGCAACUCCCCUAUGAGGAAAGGGUGCAACAUUUCGGGGUCUUCAGUUUAGAGCAAAAGUGAGUAAAUGGUGACAUGAUCGAAGUGUAUAAAAUUAUGCACGGCAUGGAAAAAGUGGCUAGAGACAAGUUUUUCUCCCUCACGAUACUAUAACGUGUGGACAUCCAAUAAACUGAAUGUUGUUAAACUAAUAAACUAAUAUUAUUAUUA